UUGAAUGGUUAACACCAGAAUAUAGUAUGUGUCAUCCGUUUUUUUUUCGUUUUCAUCACCAUGGAAACUGAAAAAAACAAAUCGAAAUCGAAAUUCAUCACCAACACACACACACACUGUUGUGUUGUAUCAGGUUAUUCCACCCUAUUAUGAUUGACAUUUGAUCCAUUUAUAUUAAUAAUAAUUAGUGGCACUAAAUUCAAAUAAUCAAUCGAUUGAUUUGAUUGACAGAAAAGAAGACAGAAUGUUACGUCAUAAAUCAACACCAUGUUUAUUAGAAUUGGCUAAAUCAUCAACAACAACAACAAUGACGACAACAGCGGCAGCAUCAGCAGCAGCAAUGAAUCAAAUAAAUUACCAUCGUCAUCGUGGUAAUGAUCUUCAAGAUCGUUAUCAUUAUCUACAAGAACAACAUCAACAAUUAAAACGUGAAACAAAUGAUGCACGUGAUCAAAUAAGAAAAUUAAAUACACGAUUAUCACGUUUAUUGAUGGAAAAGAAACGUUUAUUGAAAAAUGUUAAAUCUGAACAUGAAAUAAUGAUUGAAGAACAAAUGUUUGAAUUAGAACAACAAUUACGACAAAAAGAACAACAAAAUGAACGACUUCGUGAACGUCUUAAAUUAAUGUAUCAUACGACAAUCGUUGGUGAUCAUCAUCAACGGCUCAAAUCAUCACCAUUGCCAGCGAAAUCGAUUCGUGCCACAAGUGCCUAUUCAAAUGUUCGUUCACGUACAGAUUCUGGUUUAGGUUUCUAUUUUCGUCCAUUAAAUCUUAACCAAUCAUCAUCAUCGGCAUCGAAGAUGGCCCAAUCUUCUAGACGUUCUCGUUCACAAACGGAUCGUUCAGUAAAAUUUCAGGAACCACCAGUAGAAAAAAUUUCUGAAAAUUUUUCCACUAAUGAUGAAGAAAUAUCAUUAAAAACUGCCAUAAUAUUGAUACAGGAAGCAAAAGCUGAAAUUAUACGAUUAGAAUCAAUUAUUGAACAACAGCAACGAAUAAUUGAUUCAUUUAAUCAAAAUGAUUCAAUAAUUACCAAUGAUCCAGAAUCCAUGAUGAUUAUGACUACGACGACGACGACGACAACAACAACUCAAACAGCAACAACAGCGGCAACAUCAUCUCCGAAUAGUGAUGGUAAUGAUAAUCAAACUAUCGAUUCAUUGUGGUUGAAAUAUCAAAAAAUUGUAAAUAAUAAAGAACAUUUUCAACGUAUUUCGUUGGAAUGUCAACAGCUUUUCGAACGAUUAUAUUCAGCAUUGAAACAGGAACGACAAAAAUGUGAUCAAUAUCGUGUUCGAUUACGACAGCAGCAGGCGGAACAAGAGAUGUCGAUGGCCGAAUCAUCCACCAUAUAUCAACAACAAUCAUCAGCGAUCAUAUCGAUGGAAAAGGAUAAAAUUAUUGAAACAUUACGAAAAGAAAAUUUAAUUCUACAAAAUUCAUUGAAACAAUGUAUGGAUCAAUGUAUUUCGAUUCCAAAUAAUGAUGAUGACAUGAAAUCGGUGAAUGUAAAUCAACAACAAAUGUCCAUAUCGAUUAAUGAACAAAUUCAACAAAUAUGGUAUGAUAAACGAAAUCGAUAUGAAAAACAGAUUAUUGAAUUGAAUGAAAAAAUUGAUGAAUUAAACAAUGAUCUUUAUCGACAACAACGUAACAAUGAAUCAUUGAGGAUACGAUAUGAAAAUCUAGAACAAUUGAAUGAAAAUGAUCAGCUUAAAAUUGUACAUUUAGAGGAAAAAAUUUCCAGAUUAACAGAGAUUUUAUUUCGUGAUUUGGAUAAUAAAAUUAUUGAUGAUGAUGAUGGUAGACAAAAUAAAUUGAAUCAUCAUCAUGAUACGACAUUUAUGAAUGGAUCCACUAAAACACGUGAUGAUUACGAUGAUGAUGAUGAUGUUGAUGGUGUUGACAUUAUUCAUGAUUCGAAAUUAUGAUGAUGAUAAUGGAAA